GCGGGAGGCACCGACCGGCACCGAACCGCGCCGAACCCAGACGAGCCGCGCUGGGCCGGGCUGCACCGAGCCGAACCCCGCCGGGCCGGGCUGCACCGCUCCGAGCCGAGUCGGCAGCGCAGGGCGCGGAACGGGCGAGGCGCGGGAGCCGCGGCUGGAUGCUGUGAGCGCGGCGGGGCCGAUCGCGCCCCCGGAGCAGCGGCAGCAGCAGCGGCAGGAGCGGCAGCAGCAUGGGUCGCGGGGGCUGCUGAGCGGCGGCCGCGCCCGCCCCUGCCCGCCCCCGCCGAGGAGCCGCCGGGGACCGCGCCGGGAGCCGCAGCACGCCGGUGCCGGGGACCCCCCGCCCUGCUGAGGAUGCCCCGGGGGGCCACGGGCCGCCCCUGCCUCUCGUCAUGAGGAGGAGCCCUGCCGGUCCGCGGGCGCUGCCGCCGCCCGCCGCCGCCUGAGCCCCGCGCCCCGGCGGUGCCCGCGCAGGGGCCGCCCGAGCGGACCGCGGCGCCGUGACCCUCCUCCCCGCCCCCUCGCCCGGCUCGCCCGGCUAUAAAGGAGGGUUUUAUUCUCGGGCUCCGGUCUCACGCCAAACCCUGUCACACCGUCUAGACGAGCUGUCGUGGGGCUCGGCCCAGCUGUCACCAUGGCGAUGGAGACGAGUCCGCUGUGAAUUUUGGGGGGGAGCGAGCGAGACCGGCGGCGGAGGAGGAGGAGGAGGAAGGCUCGGCCGCCGCCGUGCCCUGCCCUGCCCCGCCGCCGCCCGCGGGGGAGGCACGGACCCCCCGGCGCUCCCGGCCGCGGCUGGAGCCGGCCCGGCGGGGAGCCCCGGGGAGCCAGCGGCCGCGGAGCGAGCCUCAGAUGCGUCUGUCACACAACCCCGGCCGAGCUAUUUAAAGUAACGGGCCUCGCCGGACUUUUGUUUCUGCCUAUUUAUGAGUCCCCGGGAGCUGGCAGGCGCCGGCGGGCAGCGCUAGGAGCCGAGCCCGCAGCGGCAGCCCCGCGGGGAAGCCACCGCCGAGCCGGGGCCGGCGGGGCCCGCCCGGAGCAUGACGGCGAUCCGGGCGCUCCUGCUCUGCUCCUGCCUGGGGCUGCUGCGCCCGGGGGGCGGGCAGCCCUUCCUGCGGCUGCGACCCUCGCCCAGCGACAACCUGCCCGUGAAAGACAUCGUGGAGCACCCGGAUCCCGAGUACGACCCCAAGGAGCAGGACCUGGACGAGAGGACUCUGCGGAAGAAGCUGGGCAGCCAUUUCGACCCCGGUUUCAUGGCCGUGGCCGUGCCGGGGCCGGCCAACGCCUCGGGCGCCGAGGCGGCGGGGCGGGGGCGGCCGGCGCUGCCCGCCGAGCUGCGGCGGCUGGAGCUGGGGCUGGGGUCGGGGCCGGGGCCGGGCCCCCGCCUGCGGCUGGGCAAGAAGGCGCGACGGAAGGUGCUGCAGUGGCUCUGGGCGUACACCUACUGCCCCGUGCUCUACACCUGGAAGGACCUGGGCGUCCGCUUCUGGCCCCGCUACAUCAAGGAGGGCAACUGCUUCGCCGAGAAGUCCUGCUCGCUGCCCGAGGGCAUGUUCUGCAAACCCGUCAAGUCGGUCACAAAGACCUUCCUGCGCUGGCACUGCCAGGGCUGGUCCAGCCAGAAGUACUGCACCUGGAUCCCCGUGCAGUACCCGCUCAUCUCCGAGUGCAAGUGCUCCUGCUAGCCCCCCUCGGCCCCUUGCACUGCCUUCUUUUGCCGUUUUGGAUGGUGGUUUUUUUGGUUGUGUUUGUUUUUGUUUUUGUUUUUUUUCGGGGGGGGGGG